GCAGCCGUUUGCUUUGAAACAGUGGAAACAGCCUGGGAAAAUGGAAGAUAACAUACCUAACCAAAGACAGCGGACUAUGUCAACAACUGGAGAAGCUCUAUACGAAAUCCUUGGUCUGCAGAAGGGAGCAACAAAUGAAGAAAUUAAGAAAACCUACAGAAAAUUGGCCCUGAAACAUCAUCCAGAUAAGAAUCCAGAUGAUCCGGCUGCUGCUGAAAAGUUUAAAGAAAUCAACAAUGCCCACACAAUACUCACUGACACAACAAAGAGAAACAUAUACGACAAAUACGGAUCUCUAGGACUCUAUGUGGCUGAACAAUUUGGAGAUGAAAAUGUUAAUACCUACUUCAUGCUAUCAAGCUGGUGGGCAAAGACCCUGUUCAUCAUCAUUGGCCUCUUGACGGGCUGCUAUUUUUGUUGUUGCCUGUGUUGCUGCUGUAACUGUUGUUGUGGACGGUGCCGGCCCAAAUCAUCGACGUCAGAAGAGGACUUCUAUGUGUCACCGGAGGACCUGGAAGAACAGAUCAAGACUGACAUGGAAAAAGAUGAGGACUUUCCAGUUGUUCUCCAGCCUACCAAUGCAAAUGAAAAAACACAACUGAUCAGCGAAGGAGCUCGAAGUUACUUCACCGACUCUUAA